GCUCGCCCCUCCCCGUCCAGCCUCCCUCUCCGCUCUUGGUCAGCUCACUGGGCCCAGCUGACUCCACGGUGCUUUCUCCACCCUGCAGAUUGAACACGUCCAGCAGGAGAAGAAGCUUCGCAGCAGCCAGGAGAUGCUGCACAGUAUGUGGGGCCAGCGGAGCCAGAAGCAGGAAGGAGGCCUCCGGAGAGAACCAGGGGGCAGCAAGGACAGCGGCUCCCAAGCCAGCAAGAGCACAGAUCACCACUCCCCCGCCAGCAGCAGCAAGGGCAGCAGCUCCACGCAGCUAGAGGUGGAAUCCAAGACCUUGGCCAUGUCCCGUAGCCUGACGCAGCAGCUGCAAGCUACAUACCUGAACCUCUUAUCCAAUGUCAGAGGCCUCCCCACACAUCUCCAGGAAAAGAUGCAGCAGGUGCAUCAGAACAUGGCGGAGCUGCAUAGGUACUUCUCCUCCGCCAACUCCUUCCAGGACUUGCCCGGCAGCGUCCUAAACCAGAGCCGGGAGAAGGUGGCCAAAGCUUGGGAGGCCUUGGAUGAAGUGACGGAUUUUUUGUUGCAGAACCCUCCCGUCACGUGGCUUGUGGAAUCCUUGGUUUCCCUUGAAGGGGAGCUGCUGGAGACAGAGGAGAAGGAUAUAUUGAAAGUCCUGAAACACUACGAGCCACAGGACUGCAAAGAUGACUAGCUAGUCAGUUUCCACGUUCAGACCAACCAAACCCUUUGAGCGGACAGAGACCUAACCCUAACCCUCUACUAGGAUCUUCGGUUUUACUCUA